AAUAAACUAUCCCUAGUGAGCUAGGUGUUAUUUACACUACCAAAAUAAAAGAUAAUGGAGAAUCUAUUUGGGCUUAGCAAAAAGGCAAUGAAAGAAGAGCUAUUAAGAGGACGUGACAUGGCAAAUCAAUUACUUGAAGUACUAAGUUGUGAUGAUAAGUCAAAUAAAGAAGUAAAAGGGUCAAUGUUAUCCUUAAUUGCUCAAGAUCUUGUGGGUGAAGUACUCAAAUCAUUGACAAAUACGCUUUUGCUCUUAAACAACAAAGAAGAUUCCAAUGAUGUGGGGGUUCCUAUAACUGUUGGAAAUAUUUCUUUGUUGACGAAUUUCAACAAGAUGGAGGAAGAUUUGGAUGGAUCUUGCAAGAAACUCAAGACUCUCAACACCAAAAAUCUAAAAGGGUCAAACAAGAGAAAGUCAAUUGCACUAACUUGGGAAAAGAACACCUCAAUAUUGAUAGAUGAUGGUCAUACAUGGAGAAAAUACGGACAAAAAAAGAUAACAAAUGCAAAAUACUUCAGGAGUUACUAUAGAUGCACUCACAUGUAUGAUCAACAUUGUGAAGCAAUGAAACAUGUUCAAAGAACUCAAGAGAACCCUCCAUUGUAUAAAACUACAUAUUAUGGCCAUCACAGUUGCAAAAGCUCUUUCCAUUCCGAUAUAACUUUUGAAUCAAUUUUAUCUUCGGAUUCGGACUCUAAUUCUAUAUUACUUAAUUUUGAUAACAAUAUUCCAUGUAAACAAGAAUAUUCGUUUUGGUCGCCGUCGUCGUUGCCGCCACUUGUAUCUACAAAAGGGGAGCCCAUGGAAGUGAAUCAAGUGAUCCAAGAUACUGAUCAUUUAGCUCAAAAUCAAUUGGUAUCAUCAAAGAAUCUCUUAUUAUGUGAUUUUGAUGUUUAUUUCGAUUAUUUAAGGCAUGCCACUAUGUUAUCAUCGACUGAAACCGUUGAACUUGAGAAUGUUUGUAGUCAGUUUGGAUUUUGAUGACUAUGCAUAAUGGGACAUGUUUCGAUGUACAAAUUUAUUUUUCGGUUUGGCAUUGAUAAUUUUUGUAUGAAACAAUCUAGCAAUUUUUUUUGUUGAGAUAUUUAUGUUAAAGUAUAGCUAA